UCGUUGUUGAUGUCAAGCAGAGUUUGAAGGGAAGUUGGUGUGUGUUUGUUUGUUUGUCGGGAAAAAAAACAAAGCGACGGAGAGACGGAGCCCGAGAGAUCGCGGUUAGCCGCUGCUGGUGACCAGAAUACCAGGCGGCAAGGGCAGCGGGGAAGGAGCGGCGAGGGCUCCGGAGAAGCAGCGACUGAGAGGAGGCGGAGGGAACGGGAUCACGACAGGGAGGAGGACUCCCGGAGCCGCCGGCAGCGAGAGGCCGAGGCGCGAAGGCGGAGCGACCGGUACGCCGUCACCCAGAACCGACGAGAGCGGCUGUGCGAGUGCCGAGAUUCUCCGCCCGAGAGCGGAUCCGAGGAAGAGGCCGCUUCGGCUUCGAGUCGGACCGAGGCCCCGAGGGAUGCGAGCCGGAGUUCUGGGCUCGGGAUGAGCCCCGCGGCGGGGAGGCGGCGCUGUCGCUGAGCCCAGCUGUCUGUGGCAAUGAAUUCCACAGAUUCAACACCCUCUGGCUGAAGAAAUUCCUCUUUCUCAUCUCCAUUCUGAAGGGUCAUCCAGAGCUAUAAGGGACAAGUCUGAGUGAUCAGAUUUGCUGGGUUCUAAACAUUGUAACACAUCAGACAGCUUUUAUUCACAUUCUCUGAAUUGCCAGCAGUCUGCAGUGGAAGAAGGUAAAGACAUAACUGCUCUCACAGUGUCACGUAGAAGAAUGAAAGAUGACUUGAAAUAUUCUGUCUUGCCACAAAAAUGGAAAUUCGAUGUGGCGGCUUACUUUUUAGUUCCAAGUUUGACUCUGGAAACAUUGCUCAAGUUGAAAAAGUGGAGCGACCUGAAGGAGAAGUGGACUCAACUCCCAGCGGUGGUAGUACAGGCACAGGAAAUCUAGGAAAUGUGUUAAUUACUCCAGAUUGCGAAUUUAAUGUAUGGACCAAACCAGACUGUGCCGAUACGGAAUUCGAGAAUGGUAAUAGGUCCUGGUUUUAUUUUAGUGUGAAGGGGGGAAUUCCAAGUAAAGUUAUUAAAAUCAAUAUCAUGAAUAUGAAUAAGCAAAGCAAACUGUACUCUCAAGGAAUGGCCCCAUUAGUUAAGACUCUUCCUGGAAGACCACGCUGGGAGCGGGUGCGAGAAAGACCAACAUAUGAGAUGGUGGAAAACCAGUUUAUUCUCUCCUUCAUGCAUCGUUUUCUUGAGUAUCGUGGAGCAACAACCUACUUUGCAUUUUGCUUUCCAUUCACAUAUUCUGAAUGUCAAGAGAUGUUGAUGCAACUGGAUGAAAAGUUUGAAUAUUGUAAACACCUGACUACGAAGAGUCCUCCAGAUAGUAUUUACUAUCACCGUGAGCCUCUGUGUUAUUCCUUGGACAAACGACGUGUUGAUCUUAUCACCAUUACUUCAUGCGAUGGAAUGGCAGCAGAAUGUGAACCAAGACUUGACAAGCUUUUUCCAGAUGAUUCCAUUCCUCGCCCAAAGCAGUUUCCUGGGAAACAAGUGUUUUUCCUCAGCAGUCGAGUACAUCCUGGUGAAACUCCCUCUAGUUUUGUUUUCAAUGGUUUCCUAGAGUUUAUUUUACGGGCUGAUGAUCAUCGUGCUCGUAUGUUGAGACGAAUGUUUGUCUUUAAACUUAUACCCAUGUUGAAUCCAGAUGGUGUAGUGAGGGGACAUUAUCGUACUGACUCUAGAGGUGUGAAUCUGAAUCGUUUAUACUUGAAUCCAGAUUUUAAUUUGCACCCUUCAAUCUAUGCGGCCCGUGCAGUCAUCCUGUAUCAUCACGUUAACAAUCGUGUGUCUUUGGGUAAUUGUGACUGGAAAAAGUUCUCUUCAUUGUCAUCCAGUGGUCCUCUAUGCACAAAAGACUUGAACCAUUCCAUCAAUACGACUUCUACCUCUCUUGAGACCACUCUGUCAGAGAUGGAGAAAAGCAAAAAUAUAAAAAACUUUGAAAAUGGGGAAGUAGAUUGUAUAAUUUCCUGUAAAGAUAUUGACCAUUCAGAUUCAUUAAUUCAAGGCAAAGAUAACAAUGGGCAGCCACUUUCAGAAACACACAAUGGAAAAACAGUUUCAUCGAGUGGUAAUGGUGCACUUUGCGAGAAGGCAACUGAUAGUUUUGACCCUUCAGAAACUGCUGAGCACAUUCCUCCACAUGAAAGUGGAAUUGCAUACUAUGUGGACUUGCAUGGCCAUGCCUCAAAGCGGGGUUGUUUUAUGUAUGGAAAUUCACUUCCUGGUGAAAAUAACCAGAUAGAGAAUAUGUUGUUUCCAAAACUGAUCUCCAUGAACUCAGCACACUUUGAUUUCACGGCUUGCAAUUUCUCUGAGAGAAACAUGUAUGCCAAAGACAAAAGGGACGGACAGUCUAAAGAGGGAAGUGGGAGAGUGGCAAUUUAUAAGGCGACUGGAAUUAUUCACAGCUAUACCUUGGAAUGUAAUUAUAAUACAGGCCGCUGCGUGAACUCAGUUCCUCCUGCUUGCCAUGACAAUGGACGAGCAAGUCCACCACCACUACCUGCUUUUCCACCUAAAUAUACUACAGAAAUCUUUGAACAAGUGGGGAGAGCUUUAGCCAUUGCAGCCUUAGAUAUGGCUGAUUGUAAUCCUUGGCCGAGAGUUGUUUUGUCAGAAUACAGUUGUCUGACUAAACUUCGUGCAUGGAUGUUGAAGCAUAUUCGAAAUACAAGAAGCACAGCAAUGUCAAAAAAAAAUGUCACAAGGAUUUCUAAAGGUCCCAAUGGGAUAACAUCCUCCAUCUCAGAAAAUUCUCUCAGUAAGAUGAAGAGUAAUGGGACUGGCGCCUCUGGAAUCAGCAAUGGGCAUCAAAAUCCAUCUCUGAUUAAAGCGUCUUCCAGUUUUACAUUUGGGUACAGCCCUGGAACAAGCAAAGGAGCUUGUGCACCAGGAUCAAAUCAUAACCCUUCAAAAGGUGCUCACAAAACCCUUGCACCAGUGAGAGAAACUAAAGCACAGGAGAAGCGUCGACAGCAACAGGCUGUAUUGCGAGCAGCAGCAGUCAACAGUCCCAGCAUUCAGCAUAGCUCUCCAGCCCAUCGGUACAUGCAGUGUCCUACAUCUGUCUCCCUCAACUUCUCUAAAGACCCAUCCCAAGUCCAGCCUUCCCACUUAAGGCCUUGCUCUCUUCCAACCUCCUUCAAAGUUGCAGAAUUCCAACAAACAAACAUAAGCGAAAGAGGGUUCAAAGGUCUGUCUGGUGCAAUUAAAAAUGGCAUUUCUCAUGAAAUAUUAGAACAUGCUCAGCCACCGGAAAAUAGUUCAGAUGUUGGAAGGAAGAUUCAUUUGCAGAAUCCAUUGAAGAAAAACAAAUUAAAAUUAAGGACAUCUUUAGAUAUUACCAGUUCUGAACAACAGCUGAGACCCAGUAGAAUCCCCGUGAGAAAAAGUGAUGUGCUUACAUCCCAGGGAAAUCUGCGACUAACCACCGACAAAGUCAGUCAGAACCCUGGGUUGAAAAGCGUGCAGCCGAAUGUUCAAGAAGAACCAAGUGGAUGUAGCAUAUUGAAUUGUUCCGCUAUGACUUUGUCUCCAUCAGCACUGAAAUGUAGUUCUGAAGAUUCUGUGUCCACUAUUAAUGGUGAAGUAGAAACGCAGCUGGAUAUUUCUGAGAAGCUUUCAUUGGCAACUGGAACAGAGCAGAUGCCUGCAUAUAGACAGAUAUUUUCAUUUUGUACAGAGGGCUGAUACUGCAAUUCUACUAUUUCUAUGGAAGCAUAAUAAGCUGAUGGAAAGGAUUUGAAAGAGGUUCCACUAAGAGGGAACUAAAGAUAAGAAAUGGAGUAUUUUCGUUAGGACAAAGAAUUUUAAAAGAAAAUCUGAUGAAAGUGUACAAAAAUAUUCCAGGUGGAAAUCUAAGUCCAUAAAGACCUGCAGAAAACGAAGAUGGAAGGCAAAUCUACAACAGCUUUUAAAAGAAAUUAGAUAAAUAUGUGAAAAAUAAAACAUUUAAAAAUAUAAAGAGAGGGUAAAGCAAUUAAACUGAAUGCAUAACUUACGGAGAAGUGACACUGGAUUGAUGGGCUGAAUGGACACCUUAACUGACAUUUUAGCCUCUAGAAGGUUGAAUCCGUGCUUGGAAGCUUGAAUAUUCUGCUGUAUCAUACUGGGCACAAAUAAUGAAUAUAGUUUAACUAGCAAAGGACUGCUGAUGAUUAGACUGGAGUUGCUGCAAGUUGACUUCUCACAACUAUUAAUAUCAUUGUUGGAAAUGUCAUUGACAAAUUUUUCAAAAUAGUUCUCUUAAAAAAAAUUACAUUUUUAAACAAAUGUUUACUAUAGCACAUUGUGGUUUUCAAGACUUUUAAGAUUAUUCCUUAUUUGAUCCAUUUUAACAGCCAAAUUAAUAACAAUGUCAGAAAUGUCAAAGUUCCUAACAGUGCCUCAAAAUACACAUUUAGAAAUUGUAUGAAACUGUAACACACUCACAGCAGUGUUGCACUGAUGCACACAGCAUAAACACUUUUUAAACUUUGGGACAUUUUUGAGACCAUUUCAGUGCAGCUAUUUGUCUAAGCUUUAUCAUGAGUAGAUUUUGUUGGGAUUGUUGGCCUAUAACAGCUUAUUUAUUCCCACACUAAACACAAUAUUUCAGUAAACCACCUUUUUUAAUUAAACUAUCUGUUCUGAAGUCUGCAGCUCCAUUCUGUGUGCUCCAUUGCUUGGAAAUCAGUUGGUCCAACCCUAGAUUAGCGCCACAGAUUUGUAUCCGUACAUUAUGCUAUUGUAAAUUGAAGUUUUAUGGACCCCAUAAUCAGAAUAACUUUUGGCACACAGGAUAGCUCCAUGAUAAUUUGUUCAGUUAAGAAAUACUAUUAAAUGCACAUUUCACCAUUUUAAUUGUUUAUGACUACCCAAAAAUGAUUUCUACCUGACUAAAAGAUAUAAAACUGUAUCCACACAGCUUUAUUGGUUUGAGUUAGUUUCAAGAGCAAGAGUUUAUCAACAGUACAUUUGCAUUAUGUUGAGUUAUAUUGUAGCUCUUCCAACAAGUGCAGUAUGCCUCACACUCUCUCAGUUUUGCAGUUCACCAAUUCAGUACCAGUAUUUGAAGCUCUGCCUACAAAGCAGCGACUUCAGCCUAAAGCUUCUGUACCAGCACUGUUUUGACAUUACAAAGCAUUCUUUGCAAAUGCUCCUAUUAAGCAGUUUCUGCUACAUAUCAGUUUAAUGACAUGUUACACAAGUGCCUACUGGAAAUGGCUGAAACCAUAAAUGUUCCAACACUAAAACAACCUAUUUGACCUACCAGUGCUACUGAUAGAAACUGACUAAUUAAACAAUUUUAUUAUUUUGUAGGAAUUAAUCUCUUGUGUGAUAUUUGUUUUCUAAAGAAACUGGAUCCUUGAUUCCUAUACACCACCUAUAUAAGAUUUAGGACUUUUGAAUAUUUGAGUUGUUUCUACUUUAGAACUCACUACUGAUAUACAGGUAGUUGCUGUUAGUUUUAAAAUUCACAUUUGACAAAUUUCUGAAAUUUGAGCUUUUAUUAUUUAAAAUCAAGAAAUUUAACAUGUGUAAUAUAUAAACACUACUUGACAAUGUAAAAGACUAUCUUCUGAGACAAACUUUUGUACAAAAUUAUCUUAUGUAAUAUUUUGUGAUCUAAAGUAAAAUGAUUGUGGAAAUGGUUAUAAUGAAAUGUAUCUGUAAUAUAUGUGGAGGUACUGUAUAUCUGAUUUUAAAACAUUUUAGUUAUUUGUACAAUGCAGUCAUUUAGACAUGGUGUCAUCUUUCAUCAAAGACCAAUCAAUGCAAAUUUCAGUUGUGCAAAUGACAUUUACUCAGAUUUCAUUCUCUGCAGCAAAUGUUUAAAACUACUAACAUCACCAGUUGUGUACAAAUAAUUAGCCAAAAGAAACAUUAGCUUUUGUGCUGGUUUGAGUUCCCUCAUAAUUACUUAUAGCAUAAUUUGUUUGCGACUUAGAUCAAAACCUUGUUAAAACUGAAUGAUAUCUGAUUAAUUCUCUACUUCGUUAUCUCACCUGUGUCUUUUGAAUACUAAUUAUUUGAUUCACUGAAUAUAUUUGCACACUUGAAAAUAUUGAGAUACAUUUUUUCUAUUGUAAUACUUGAAUUUUUAUAAUGGGAUCAUCCUCUCUCUACAAAAUUUGGCAAGAAGUGUAGGUAAUUGAUUUUGUAUACAGUUUUCUUUCUAAGAAUGUGUUUGUGUCUUUCUAGCAAUAUUUUAAAUAUUUUUCAUAAUAGUUCAGAAUAAGGGUAGUUUUAUUUUAUUUUGGAAAAUGAGUAUUGGCAGACUGAGUUGGGUAAUGGAAAUCAAAUUCCUAUUAUGUAUGAUCUUGUCUCCUUCCUCUCUCCCUUGUACUGGAAUAUAAUUUAAUCCCUUCUUCUCUUACAAACUUUGUGUAAUUUGCAUGUAACUUAAAACUACAACUCAUAAAGUUCUUAAUAACUAUUUUUGUGUGGAUGAGGAUACAGCUGAAUGAAGUCUAUAUCUUUUCUUUGUAUUUCGCUGUCACACAGAAUUCCUGUGUUUAGAUACAAUAUGCAAAAGUUCUUUAAGAGAUGUCCUAUAUUGGAUUGCAUUUUCUACAGUGACUGUAUAUCUACAGAUAAUGUUUUACUAUUAAAUCCUCCCACAAGUUUACAAUUUUCACUUUAAGUACAACGAUAAUGGGUGAUUUUGAGAUCUGCACUCAUUUAUUUUCAUUGUCUAGGUUUCUAACUGUGUAGAUGAAUAGAGUAGGAGAAGUUUCAGAAGCUUAUCCAGCUGCACUAUAAGUACCAUGAGUCACGGUAAUUAUAGGUGUACUUGCAAAUGGGUGUUUAGACUCAAUAAACUACUUUUUCAUA